UGGGCCUGGGCCACACGGGGCCUUUCUCUGUAGAGCAGAGGCUGCUGUGGAGACUAAAGUGAUCGGGGUCUCCGGUGAGGGCAGCCUCCCUGAGCCGGACCGUGGGGAGCCCGUCAGCGUAAAGACUUAGGGGAACCGAGUUCCUCCCGAAACAAGAACCACCUCUCUGCAGAAAAACAACCACUUUACUUUCCAUUCUGCUGCCUGAGACGACCACAUCCUCCUCACUCACACCCCAGCCUCCCAUGGAGAGCUCAGAUGCGGAGCUCGACCUCCAGCGGAGCGUGCAAGCCGUUCUCCGGGAACUCAGCCCCCAGGCCCCAGCCCUGCAAAGCAACCAAGGCAUGUGGAGAUGGUCCCUGCACAAGAAGGUCGAGAGAGAUCCGGGGAAGAGUCCGGUGCUGGUCCGUAUUCUGCUCAGAGAGCUGGAAAAGGCAGAAAGUGAAGACCUCCGGCAUGUCAUCAUUCCCUUGCUGCAUACUCUGCUGUACGUGCUCACUAAGGCCACUGGCAUCACAGAGGAGCUCUACCGGAGAACCUACAACUUUUGCACGAGGUUGCUAACCCUGCCCGCCCCCUACUGCACGGUAGCCCUGGAUUGUGCCAUAAGGCUGAAAACAGAGACUGCUGUCCCAGGGACGCUGUACCAAAGGCUGGUCAUUGCCGAGCAGAACCUGACGAGUGAGCUGUACCCCUACCAGGAGAGAGUGUUCCUUUUCGUGGAUCCGGAGCUGGUAUCUCCCUCCGUGUGCAGUGCCCUGCUGCUGGAGAUCGAGGCGGCACAGGUGCAGCAGACCCCAGAGGCCUGCAUGCAGCAUGUGGUCUCCCACGCCCUGCAGGCGGCGCUCGGGGACGCCUGCCACACCAGCACCCUGCAGAGCAAGCUGAAGGCCUGCCCUCGCCGCGCCCUGGAGUGCUAUUUCCACGCCGUGGUGGCCGCCGUGGAGCAGAUGGCCAGCGAACCCAACCCGAGCCGGGAGGGACACCUGGAGAGGCUGGAGGAGAUUUACUACUGGCUGCUGGGGCCGGCGGCGGCCGCCAGGGGACGCUGCUGCGGUGACCCCCUGAAGGACCCACAGCCAAGCAUCCCUCUGCCCAGCCCCCACAUCUCCUUCCACCUGUGGACCGAUGAAGAGCAGCUCUGGAAGGAGCUGGUCCUCUUCCUGCGCCCGCGAUCCCAGUUGCGCCUCAGUGCCGACUUGGAGGCCUUGGAUCUGCAGGGCCUCUGGCCAGACCGGGAGCUGGCCCGGGCGUCCAUGCUGUCCACUGACAGUGGCAUUGAGCGGGACCUGCCCAUGGGGGCUGAUGAGCUGCCUGUCCCCGGCAGCCCUGAGAUGGAGCGUGCUGGGCUACAGCGCAAAGGAGGCAUCAAGAAGCGGGUGUGGCCCGCCGACAUCUUGAUGCCUGCGUGCUGGGAUGGGCCCCAGGGACUACACCGCAGGACAGGCCUGCCCAGCGGAGAUGGGGGGAUGCUGCCGGGGGUCUCCCGGCUUCACACGGCCAGGGUGCUGGUCCUGGGGGACGACAGGAUGCUGGGGCGCCUGGCCCAGGCCUACCACAGCCUCAGGAAACGGGAGACCCAGAAGUUCUGCCUGACCCCCAGACUCAGCCUGCAGCUCUACUACAUCCCUGUGCUGGCGCCUGAGGAGCCGGCGACAAGCAGACAUUCGGAGCUCCAAGAGCUGGCGGCGUUCCUGGGCCGCGCAGACCCGUGGUACCAGAACACAGUCAACACACUCUGCCCGGCCAUCCACAAGCUGGCAGAGAUGCCCCCUUCCCUGGACACAUCCCGGACUGUGGACCCCUUCAUCCUGGAUGUCAUCACCUACUAUGUUCGCAUGGGCACCCUACCCAUCUACUUCCAGAUCUACACUGUCAAGAUCUUCAGGGACCUGAGCCAAGGCCCCGCAGAGGACAUUUUCCUCACUGAGCUGAAGGUGGACGUCCAAGACUCCAGACUCCUCAAAGAUGGCUUUUCCCCCAGGAGGAAGGGCGCGGCCGAAGCCCCGGGGGCCGAGCUGUCCAUCUGCUACCAGAAGGCCCUGCUCAGCCACCGCACCCAAGUGGUCACCGGGUCCCUGCGGGCCACUGGGCUGGUCCUGAAGGCCCUUCCAACCAGUGACACUGAUGGUUCGGGCCCCCCCCAUGCCCCACAUUCUGCUGCUCCCGUCACAGACCACACGUGCCUGAAUGUCAGCGUGACAGAGGUGGUCAAGUCCUCCAACUUGGCGGGCAGGUCCUUCUCUACGGUGACAAAUACCUUCCGGACGGCCACCUUCCAGAUCCAGAGCCAGGACCAGAGGCUCCUGACGCUGCUGCUGGACAAAGACGGUCGGCGAACAUACAGGGAUGUGGUCAGAAUCGAGGUUGCUCCCUGCCCAGAGCCGUGUUCUGGGACUCACAAGUCCAGGACAUCAUGGCUUGGUUCACACCAGCCGGAGGCAGAAGGGACCAGAGCCAAGCCCAAGCCCCUUCUGAUGCCCAUCAACACGUUCUCUGGCAUCGUCCAGUGAGCCUGAAACGGCGGCAGAAGGGCUGAGUCCAAGAGCCCCAGACCAAGAGGAAGGAUACACUACCCCAUCAGCCUCCAAACACUCACACCAGCAGCCGGGACGAGGCCUGACUGCGCUGGGUGGCUUCUGGCCGUGCCCGUGGAGCUCAGGGAGCUUGGCCCACACCUAGGCCCGAGGACAGCUCCAGCAAAGCUGCGCACACGCAAGCAAGACCCAGCUCCGUGCACAAAUGUCCACAUGCCUUCGUCUAUUUUUAGCCCCACCCCUCCCACUCAAUCUCCCCUGUCACCUCUGAAAACCCAAGUGAGAGCUGCUGCAUCGUCCAGGGCCCUGUGUCCUGGUGGGAAGUGGGAAGCAGGGCAAAGGCACCUCCUCUCUCCUGAGUCUGUUCCUUUCCCUCCCUCCAGCCACCGUCCACACAUGCAUGGGAAGGCAGGUGUCCCUCCUGGAGGAGAGGAAAUGUCAGAUUCAAUAAAGGCACACUAAAGUGAU